UCCCUCGGGUCCGCUGCGAGCUCGCGCCUCCCAAUUCCCGGAGCCGAGGAGGGCUCGCGGCGGCCUCUCCGCUGGGCUCCAGGUUGGGCUGACGGGCGCUGGGCCAGGGCGGGCGGGAGCGGGGAGAGGGCUUGCGCGGAGGGCGGUGGCCUGGGUUCGCCAAGCCAUGGCGGCCCCGGAGCCGGCGCCUAGGCGAGGCCGGGAGCGCGAGCGGGAGGACGAGAGCGAGGACGAGAGCGACAUCCUGGAGGAGAGCCCGUGCGGCCGCUGGCAGAAGCGGCGGGAGCAGGUGAACCAGGGGAACAUGCCGGGGAUCCAGAGCACCUUUCUGGCCAUGGACACGGAGGAAGGGGUAGAAGUGGUGUGGAAUGAACUCCACUUCGGGGACAGGAAGGCCUUUUCGGCCCAUGAGGAGAAGAUCCAGACCAUGUUUGAGCAGCUGGCGCUGGUGGACCACCCCAACAUCGUCAAGCUGCACAAGUAUUGGCUGGACGCCUCUGAGGCCCGGGCGAGGGUCAUCUUCAUCACAGAAUACGUGUCGUCUGGCAGCCUCAAGCAGUUCCUCAAAAAGACCAAGAAGAACCACAAGGCCAUGAACGCCCGGGCCUGGAAGCGCUGGUGUACGCAGAUCCUGUCUGCACUCAGUUUUUUGCACGCCUGCAGUCCCCCCAUCAUCCAUGGGAACCUGACCAGCGAUACCAUCUUCAUUCAGCACAAUGGCCUCAUCAAGAUUGGCUCUGUGUGGUACCGCAUCUUCUCCAAUGGUGUGUGGGGCCUUUGGGGUGUAGGGGCCGUGGAGAAACUGACCUGCUCAGCUCCACGCUCUUCCUUAGCGCUUCCCGAUGAUCUCCGGAGCCCCAUUCGAGCCGAACGGGAGGAGCUUCGAAACCUGCAUUUUUUCCCACCAGAGUACGGUGAAGUCAAUGAUGGGACUGCUGUGGACAUCUUCUCCUUUGGGAUGUGUGCGCUAGAGAUGGCUGUACUGGAGAUCCAAGCCAAUGGGGAUACCCGGGUCACAGAAGAGGCUAUUGCUCGGGCCAGGCACUCACUGAGUGAUCCCAACAUGCGGGAGUUCAUCCUCUCCUGCCUGGCCCGGGACCCUGGCCAACGACCCUCUGCCCACAAUCUUCUCUUCCACCGGGUGCUUUUCGAGGUGCACUCGCUGAAGCUGCUGGCCGCCCACUGCUUCAUCCAGCACCAGUACCUCAUGCCUGAAAAUGUGGUAGAAGAAAAGACCAAGGCCAUGGACCUACAUGCAGUCUUGGCUGAGAUGCCCCAGCCCCAUGGACCCCCAAUGCAGUGGCGGUACUCAGAGGUCUCCUUCUUGGAGCUGGACAAAUUCCUAGAGGAUGUCAGGAAUGGGAUUUAUCCACUGAUGAAUUUUGCGGCUGCUCGGCCCCUGGGACUUCCCCGUGUGUUAGCCCCACCUCCAGAGGAGGCCCAAAAGGCCAAAACCCCAACACCAGAACCCUUUGACUCAGAGACCAGGAAGGUGGUCCAGAUGCAGUGCAACAUGGAGAGAAGUGAAGACAAGGCUCGGUGGCAUCUCACUCUGCUUUUGGUGCUUGAGGACCGGCUACACCGGCAGUUGACCUAUGACCUGCUCCCAACCGACAGUGCCCAGGACCUCGCCGCUGAACUAGUGCACUAUGGCUUCCUGCACGAGGUGGGCAGGGGUAUGCUACGGGUUUGGAAAGGUGCAGGGUCUGCCAAGCUGCCCAAUACUACCAUACUUCCCCACCCGUCUACUGCAGGAUGACCGGACAAAGCUAGCAGCUUUUCUGGAGACCACUUUUCUCAAGUACCGUGGGACACAAGCUUGACCUAUCCAGUCCUGGCAGCCCAGCAGGGAUACCAGGGCUCAGGGUUGUCCACUUGGCAAAGAGCCCCACACUGCUCAGAGCUGCCUUCUGCCUGUGUUCCCUGGAACUGAACACAGACCCCGCUAGUCAAGACCCCACCCCUAGCUUUCUGCAGCAGUGUGGGACCCUGGGGUGGUGAUGGAGCCCUGAGCCUAGAUGGCAGUGGAGGUUAUAGGCCAGUUAGGGAAAUCACUCCAUCUGGUAUUGGACAAUAGCCAUGCCUUCAAGUGGCAUAGAAACCUAGGGAAGGGGCCUGGACUCAAAAGUAGUAAAAUCCCUUUAGGUGUCAGACACAAUGCUGGGCAUCAGGCAGACCAGAUGUGAUUGGAGAAUCAGAGAUUAGAGAGCUUGGACCUGGAUCCAUGGCCAGCAACCCCCUGAUCCCACUCAGACCAGUCCUGGCCCUUGCAGACCUGUCUUGAGCCCUGUCUCUGAUCUUCCACACACUUGAGACCAGGACCUCAAAGCCUUGUCUUCCCCAAAGCCCUCCAGCAGGAUCUUUCUAGUCUUCAUACCCUGUCCUCUGAGGCCAGACAUCCUCUGCACCUCCUCCCUGGGGAGCUGUGUUUGAACUCUGGGGAUGUGGGCUUCCCUCUUUCUCCCAAAGUCGUGGUAGAAUCCUUCCCUCACAACCACCCUGAUUUCUUGGUUCUUGAGCUGCCUCUCUUCCAACUUCAAAUUUAAAGUCUUAAACAUUUUUAAAUGUACAUUCAAGUUUCAAACAACCAGAUUCCUUUUUAAACAUUUCAUGUGUGAAACCAGAAAAGCUCACUAUUGUAUUAAUAGUUUCAUGUUGCUGCUGUGACACUUAUCACAAACCCAGUGGUUUGCCAUGACACAAACACAGUUCUGCACAUCAGAAGUUUGAUACAAGCUCUCACUAGAUUAAAACCCAGAUGGCAGUGGCUAAGUUCCUUUCUGGAAGUGAGGGGACUCACUUCCUGCUCCUUCAGGCUAUUGGCAGAAUUCACUUCCCUGCCAUGGUAAGGUAGAAAUUCCUAAUUUCUUACAGUGGCCAACUAUGAACAUUUCUCAGCUUCUAGAGGCCACCAACUUUUUUUUUCCUUAGCUCUCUUUUUCUCCACCUUCAGACCAGCAGCUUCAAGUUAAACCUUUGUCAUGGACUAGCUAUCUGGUUUUCCACUGCCAAGAAGGUGGGGACCUUUUGUGAAUAGGUUGGACCCACCCAGAUAACCUAGGAUGAUGUCCUUGUCCUUCUCAGGGUCUGUAGAUUAACCACACCUGCAGAGUACCUUUUGCUAUGGAGACUAAUCAUCCUGGGCUUUGGUGCCUAGAGAAUGGACAUAGGCGAUUGGGUGUUGUUGUGUUGCCUACCAUAACAUCUUAACUGAAACCAAAACCUAAAAUAAAGCAGAUUUGUCACGGAAUAUCUAAUAAACGAAAUGAACUACAAUUA